CCUUCCCUUCACAUUCCGUGACGUUAAGUUCUUGUUGAAUAAUAUAUUUUCAACCUAAAUUUAAAAAAAAAACAAAAAACGUAACCGUACUUUUCCCUGUGUGACAGGUGACACUUAGGUUGGUUGCAUUACUUAGGACUGCACUUGAUCUUUCUGCCACCAUUUUAAAUUACAUAAUCACGAUUCUAGUUAAUACCUUAUUUGUCGGGCAGGCCUUGCCGCAAAUGUAGACUUUUUAUACCUUUUAGUCUGAUCCAAGUCAGGACUGAAUGAAACAGGCAGGAGGAGUGUCUGCCCAGAAAUGAACUGUAGUCUCUCAUUGGUUCUCAUAGCUCCUAAGAGAUAAUAAAGGGCAAUUCGCGUAUUUGUACAAUUGUAUUUCUCUGCAGGGAGGUUUCCUGGACAUUUUUCCCCCUUUCCCAAUGACUAGGAAAGUUCCCAGCCCGCCAUCAAGACUUGAGCACAUUUGCUUUUUCAAGCACACAAAGAAGUUGCCUUUUUUUAAUAAUCCAAGUAGGGGAAUUCUGAGAAAAGAACUAAAUUAUCAAAUAAUUAGCAUGGUUGUAGAGGAAGAGCCGUGGACUGUUACUCAGGAGACUGGUUCUGUCCUGGAUGUGGGGCAGAUGACCAGUCCUUUCUGGCCCUCUGUCAUCGGUUGUGGAAGGGGAGGUUAGGAAUUGAAAGCUAAGGUCCUUUUCAACCCCAAAUUCCAUUUAUAUCUGCAGUUAAUGUUAUCUUUCCUAUGUCUCUAAAAGAGAUUUUAAAUGUACUUAUUUAGCAAAAGCGUUUAGGAGAAUAUAUCUCCUGGGAUUAACAAGCCCUUUGCAUUGGCAUUUAGUGAGUCCUAGUGUGUGCCUGGCAUGAUAGCAAGUCUCAGGGACAUGAAAAUGGAAACGUGAGGGCGCGGGAGCUGAUGUUCUGGCCGUAGCUAGUGUAGUAGUAGCAGUCACAUUCAGUAGAAAGUCACUGAACUUAGAACGGUUAAGCCCACACACCACACCACAGCCUCCAGUACAGCUGAUGCUCAGUCCUAAGGCUUCAACUUCAACUUUGUGAUCUGGCCUUACAUUUUCUUUUUUUUUUUUUAAGAUUUUUUUGAUGUGGACUAUUUUUUUUAAGUCUUUAUUGAAUUUGUUACAGUAUUGAUUCUGUUUUAUGUUUUAGUUUUUUGGUCUUGAGGUAUGUGGGAUCUUAGCUCCCUGACCAAGGAUCGAACCCGCACCCCCUGCAUUGGAAGGUGGAGUCUUAACCCCUGGACUGCCAGGGAAGCCCCCAGCCUUACGUUUUCUAAUGUAAGAGUGUAAGUGCACAGAAGACUAAAAAUAAUUUCUUCUUUUGAUGAUCUCAACAACCACUUGAAGGCCUACUGUGUGUCAGGCUCUGGGAAUAUAAUAGUGAACAAAAAUCCUUGGGUGUUACCCUCAGGGAGGUUUUAGACUCGUGUCUAAAGCUCCAUUUCCAGGAAACAUUGCUUUUAUUGGAGGGGGAGAGAGUGAACAUGAAGGGUUUCCAUUUUACCCGUUCAGACUAAACUAAAAAUUUGAAUUUGAAAAGUAGUUAAAAUAAUACACAGUAUAGAUGCAGUUACAAGUUUUCUUUAGCUUCCUGAAUAUAAACACUGAAAAUUGUUACCUGUUUUCUGGGAGAAUCUAGUAUGGGGAAGUCAAGCCUCAAUUGCUGAGACCAUCAGAUUCCUCUGGUCCUGUCUAAUGAGUCCUGCCUUGUAACCAGGGGAGAUGGCUGGCGCUUGACCAGAUGUCUGUUUUGAGAUAAAUGAGGCCAGGGCGGCGCAGAAAAGGUCUGUCAGCUGGUGGCUGACGAACCGCCUGGGUAGUGAGUGGUCUUUUUCCAGGUUACCUUCCCCUCUGAUUGAGCAGAAUGCUAUGGGAACUGUUCCCAAGGGGCCAAGGUCUCAGGACUGCGUCUCUUAGAUCCGUGCCACCGCCCUGCGAAGGGAACAACUAAAACACACAAAACAUAGUGGCCAUGAGGCCUCUUAAAUCUUCCCACUAUUGUGGCCUCCACAGGAGAGUAAAUCAGCUGGAAUCUAGGUGAACCUUACGGGGUAUCCCCCUCCCCCCCUCCCCCUCCCCACAAAAAAGAAAAACUGAUGUGUUUCCUGGUAGGAAUGCCUCGGUCCAGCCCUAUAGCGCCGUUUGGGAGUGUUUACUGAGAACAAAAAUUGGUGGCACCUUGGGUGUAGCCAGGGCUUCCUGACCCACUAGGACUGGCUGUCUUCGGGGGUCGGGGGUGCCUUCAAGGACGGGCAGGUCUCCGCGCUGAGGCCGGCUGUCUACGGGGCGUGUUCUUGCGCGGAAUCCUCGGGGCACGCAGGGGGCCCCCACAAGCGAGCAGCGAACGGGGCCGCGCACCCAGUUCUAAACGUCGGCCAGCCGCCAAGGCAGCACUCCAGGGCUGGAGCUCGGAGACCGAAGAUCGGACGGUGGCGGGCUGACGGCGGGGGCUCAGCGGUGCCCGGACCCCCGUUUCCCGGGAGCGAGGGGUGGGAAGCCCGAGGGCCAGGCGCUUCCUCUCCGUCCCCUAGGCAGGCUCCAGACUGCGACUGCUGCCUGGCGCGGCCGGGCCCAGGGGCGGGGGUGCCCCGGGGCCUCGCAGGGGCCCGGAAAGGCCCCAGAAACGCGACAAGCCGUGAGGGGGGCAGGGCCGCCGGAGAAGGCGCACGAUGCCGCCCGGGACGACGGCGGCCCCCUCGGUCUCCCUCCGGGAGCUGGCCGAUCUCGCCAUCGGCACCCCAGAGGUGGGCGCCGUCAACUUCACGGCCCUGCACACGCUCAUCGUGGCCAUGCUCAAGAAUCUCAACCUGCAGGAUACUCGGAUCGACUUCCCGUCCCCGAUGCUCGAGCAGAGUCGCUUGUUCGAGUCCCCGCGGGUCUCAAGCAGCAGGGCACAGCUGCAGGCGCUGGAGAGCCAGGUGGAGGACCUGGGCGGGCAGGUCCAGGACCUCAGCCUGCAGCUCGAGACCAUGGGGGGCCAGGUGCAGGCCAUCGUGCAAAACUUCCCGUCCCAGGCCGGCGGGCUGGACGCCCGGGACUGGCUGGAAAUGAAGGAUCCGCCCUUGCUUACGGAGGGGAAAGCACAAGUAGGGUCGACGAAAGUCCGGAAGGACGGCGAGCCGGUACCCAAGGGUAUGGAGCUGCUCCAGGACAUCAAGGAAGACGCGAAAAUACUGAAGGAAGCCCAGCAAAAGGCGAAGGAGCAACCCGAGUUGCACCCGGAGAAACUCCUCCAACGGGUUGAUGAACUGGAGAAGCUAAUUAGAGAAAGGGACAAAUUCCUGGAAAUAGUGAGCUGGAAGCUCCGUGCGAUUCCUGAUGCAGAAGAAGCCACCAUGGUCACCUGGGAAGAGCUGGAGCAGGCGGUUACUGGCGGCCGGAUGGCCUCACAAAUGGUCUCAGAGUCAUCAACAAGGCUUCCUAGGCACAAAGGGCAGGGUUCCAUGACAUCAAACGAUAAAAUUCCAAGUGGGGCCUCUACCAAGCAUCCAAGUAUCGACGAGGCUAUAGAGUCUGCCAGUGGUUUUGGCACAGAUGAGACCUCGGGAACCAGUGGCAUAGGAUACUCCUCUGAAGGGGUUACUGGCAGGGAACAAAGCAAAGGUGCGUCUGCUACUGGGUUUCCUGGUAGAGAAGAGGACUCAAGGGCCCGUGAAGAAGCUGGCCUAACCAAACACCGUCCCCAAUUGAGAGCAGAGUCAGAUCGUCGCCGGGCUGGAGAGCAGCACGGCUUAGCACAUCUACGCAGAGAUGAACAAGAUGCACACCUUGGCCCAGUUUAUCAGGACGUAUCCUCCGCCACCUUGCCUAGAGCUCUGCAUGGUCAUGUGUCCCCAGAUCAGCAUGGGGGAGUGCACGUUAGCCAGGGUCAGAUCUAUGCACGGCCAGACCAACAUGGAUUAGGACCACUUGGCAUGAAUCAGCCUGCAUCGCUACAACCUAGCACUUACGCACAUGGUGCGGUACCCCUCGCUGUGGGUCAGCUUGGGGUGACGCCGCCUGGAAUGGAUGAGCAGGAAUUGGUACUAGCUGGCAUGGCUCAGAGUGAUGCAGUGCCACCAUUGGUAUCUGGCAGAGAUCAGCAAGGAUUGGGACUACCUGGUACAGACCAGCCUGGUAUGGUUCCACUUGGCACAUAUCAGCAUGGUGUGAUACUUCCUGGCAUAGACCAACAUGGUAUAAAACAGGCUGGCAUGGACGAGAGUGGUGUGGGACCACUUGGCACUGAUCAGCAUGGAUUGGUACCUCUUGGGGUAGAUCAGCAUGGAUUCGUAAUAUUUGGCACGGAUCAGCAGGGCUUGCUGUCACCUGGUUUGAUGCAAGUUGCUGCAGAUCAGCAAGGUUUUGUACAGCCCAGUUUGGGAACAUCUGGCUUCAUACAACCUGGCACAGAGCAGCAUGAUACGAUCCAGCCCAGUGCAGGUCAGCCUGCUUUGGUCCAACCCAGUAUAGGUCAGCCUGGUUUGGUGCAACCUGGUGCCGGUCAACCUGGUUUGGUGCAACCUGGUGCAGGUCAGCCUGGUUUGGUGCAGCCUGGUGCAGGUCAGCCUGGUUUGGUGCAACCUGGUGCUGCAGGUCAGCCUGGUUUGGUGCAGCCUGGUGCAGGUCAGCCUGGUUUGGUGCAGCCUGGUGCAGGUCAGCCUGGUUUGGUGCAGCCUGGCGCUGCAGGUCAGCCUGGUUUGGUGCAGCCUGGUGCAGGUCAGCCUGGUUUGGUGCAGCCUGGUGCAGGUCAGCCUGGUUUGGUGCAACCUGGUGCAGGUCAGCCUGGUUUGGUGCAACCUGGUGCUGGUCAGCCUGCCUCGGUCCAACCUGGUGCAGGUCACCCUGGUUUGGUCCAGCCUGGAAUGUAUCAGCAAGGUUUGGUGCAACCCAGUGCAGGUCAGCCUGGUUUGGUGCGGCCUGGCGCUGCAGGUCAGCCUGGUUUGGUGCAGCCUGGCGCUGCAGGUCAGCCUGGUUUGGUGCAACCUGGUGCAGGUCAGCCUGGUUUGGUGCAGCCUGGUGCUGCAGGUCAGCCUGGUUUGGUGCAACCUGGUGCAGGUCAGCCUGGUUUGGUGCAACCUGGUGCAGGUCAGCCUGGUUUGGUGCAGCCUGGCGCUGCAGGUCAGCCUGGUUUGGUGCAACCUGGUGCAGGUCAGCCUGGUUUGGUCCAACCUGGUGCAGGUCAGCCUGGUUUGGUCCAACCUGGUGCAGGUCAGCCUGGUUUGGUGCAGCCUGAUACAGGUUCACAUGGCUUUUUUCAACCUGGUGUGUCUAUGCCUGGCUUGGUUCCACCUGGUACAUAUCCACCUGGUCUGGUACAGCCUGGUGGCUAUCCACAUGGCUUGGUCCAAUCUGGUGCCUAUCCACGUGGUUUCAUGCAGCCUCAUGCCGAUCAGCGUGGUUUGGUUCAACCUGUAAUAGAUCAGCAUUGGUUGAGGCAAUCUGGUACAGAUCAAGGCUUGAUACCACCAGGCACAGAGCUUCAUGGCUUUCCAACAUACCAUGCAGAUCCUCGAAGUUUUAUAUCACCACGCCCAUACCAGCAUGGUGUGGCACCUCCUGGCAGAGAUCAAUAUGGUCGGGUGUCACCACUCGUAGCCAGUCAAGGUUUGGCAUCACCAGGUAUAGACCGAAAAGGCUUGGUACCACGAGAGACUUAUCAACAAAGUUUGAUGCGUCCUGGCCCAGACCAGCGUGGCCCAAAACCAUUACGCACGGGUGUGGGAUCUGCACGCCAGGAUCAACAGCAUUUGGAAGCACCUGAACCAGAGCAGCAUGACCGGGCACAUUCUGUCCCAGACUCCCAUGGCCCAGGGUACCAAGGUGUAGAUCAGUAUGUCGAGGUGGGUUUGGAUCCAAAUGAAAUACGUGGCUCAGUCCGACCUGGAGUUUCUGUUCAGACUUCCCCAAGCCAAGAUGCCCCCUUUCUCAGGAGCACACGCUCCCUUGGCUAUUUAUACCGAGGCUUAUCAGAAAGGAGUGAUGUUCAGGGUGAGAAACGUGAUUCACUGGAUAAGUUGGCUCCUAGCUUCCCCAUGGCAGUGGAAACAUUUCGUCUGAUGGGAGAGCUUAUCGGCCUCUACGUGGAGCUUAAGGAGAACGUAAAGGAUCUGGAUGAUGAACAAGCUGGCCAAACAGACUUGGAGAAGAUCCAGUACCUGCUGGCACUGAUGGUCAAGAAGUCCAUACCCGCUGACCUGCAGGAACAGCUGAAGACCUUAAAGGCCUUGACCAAAGAAGUCCAGCAGGAAAAAGCAAAACUGGAGAAGGUGAACAGGAUCCUGGAGGGGGAGGGAGAGCAAGAAACAGGAAAGGAGGUGAACGCUGGCCAGCUGAGCCUGCAGCUGGGUGUCCUCAGAGUCACCGUGGCUGACAUCGAGAAGGAGCUGGCGGAGCUGAGGGAGAGUCAAGAACGGGGCAAGGUCAGCAUGGAACAUUCGGUCUCCGAAGCCUCCCUUUACCUGCAGGAUCAGUUAGACAAGCUCAGGACGAUCAUCGAGAACAUGAUGGCCUCGUCCUCCACGCUGCUGUCCAUGAGCAUGAGCGCGGCCCCGCACAAGCUCCCGACCACCCUGGCACCCAGCCAGAUCGACCCUGCGGCCACCUGCCCAGCCUGCAGCCUGGACCUGAGCCACCGGGUCAGCACGCUGGUGCAGCGCUACGAGCAGCUCCAGGACAUGGUCAGCAGCCUGGCUGCCUCCCGGCCCUCCAAGAAGGCCAAGCAGCAGAGCCAGGAUGAAGAGCUACUGGGCCGCGUGCAGAGCGCCAUCCUGCAGGUACAGGGCGACUGUGAGAAACUCAGCAUCAUCACCGGCAACCUCAUAGAGGACCAUCGGCAGAGGCAGAAGGACAUCGAAGUGUUGUACCAGGGUCUGGAGAAGCUGCAGAAGGAAAAGGCCAACAGGGAACACCUGGAGCUGGAGAUCAAUGUGAAAGCCGACAAGAGUGCCCUGGCAGCCAAAGUGAGCCGUGUCCAGUUUGACGCCACCACGGAGCAGCUGAACCACAUGAUGCAGGAGCUGGUGGCCAAGAUGAGCGGGCGGGAGGGGGACUGGCAGAAGAUGCUGGACAGGCUCCUGGUGGAGAUGGACAACAAGGUGAGGGGUGGGAGGCUCCAGGGCCCCCUGGACUGGGACAACGCCCUCCUCUCCAGGCGCCGCAGACCCCACCUGCUUCCUCAGAGCUCACCUGGGCCCCGCCCUCACCCACAGCUGGACCGCCUGGAGCUGGACCCAGUGAAGCAGUCACUGGAGGAUGGCUGGAAAUCCUUGCGACUGCAGCUCAAAGAACGUUCUCCGCUCUACCAGGUGGACGAGGCAGCCGCCAUGCGGAGGCAGCUCCUGGCACACUUCCACUGCCUCUCAUGUGACCGUCCCCUGGAGAUGCCUGUGACUGGACAAGUCAUCCCCCUGACUCCUGUGGGCCCAGGCCUGCCCGGGCACCGGUCCAUCCGCCCCUACACGGUCUUUGAACUGGAGCAGGUCCGGCAGCAGAGCCGCAACCUGCAGCUGGGCAGCGCUGCCUUCCCCUGGGGCAACCUGGGGCAGACGGAGCGGAGCGUGGGGCGCCUGCGCAGCUUGCACUCCAAGAUGCUGAUGGACAUCGAGAAGGUGCAGAUCCACUUCGGGGGCUCCGUCAAGGCCAGCAGCCAGAUGAUCCGCGAGCUGCUGCGCUCCCAGUGCCUCGGCUGCCCCUGCUACAGACGGCUGCCAGAUGCGGCCGAUCACACCUACGGGAGGUCGCCCCGGAGCUGCGGGGGCAGCCACACCCUCACCUACCCCUACCGCCGCACCCGCCUGCAGCACCUGGCACAGGGCCUGUACCCCACCGAGGAGAUCCAGAUCGCCAGGAAGCACGACGAGGUGGAUAUCCUGGGCCUGGACGGACAUAUUUACAAGGGACGGAUGGAUACAAGGCUGCCGGACAUCCUGAACAAAGACAAUUCGGGGAUAAAGCAUAAGGCCAAGCAGUCCCGGCCCCACGUGCACCGGCAGCAGUCACUCAGCGACAGCGGUCAGCUGCCCUCACGGUCCCAGAGCGCUCAGAUGCUGGCUGGCAACGACUCAGGUAGCUCCUCUCUGGAUGGUGGGUCGUGGCCUAGGCACUGCCCCUCGCCUCUCCUCCUUGGCCCGCCAGGCCCCUUUCCGGCCCAUGACUGGUAUAUACCUUUAUUUCCCUGGAGAGAGGAAGGGCCUGGGAGCUGAGGGAUGGGAUGCAAGGGAGGAGAGAGAAAACCCUUCAUUGCUGAGAGCUUGAUAAUGCGCCAGGUCUGUGAUCAGAUACUGUUACUGCCCCCAUUUCACAGAAGAGGAAAUAGGGACAGAGUUGCAGCCCAAGCUCUGGCUCCAGGCCCGAGUCCAUCCCCUGCUCACAUGUGCCGACUCUCACCUGCCCACUGAGAUGACACCUGCCGACAGCUCACCUGCCCAGUGAGAUGACAAACCUGCCAGCGGGGCUGGAGAUGCACAUGGACGCGCCUCCUGGGGAGGGGCUCGAGGAGCCCAUUCCGGGGCCAGGCUGAGCAGAGCUAUAAAUAAAUGUUUAGGAAAAAGCUUGGGGCCUUGCAGCUUCUCUGGUCCUGGCUCAGGAAGGUGGAGUGAGAGGCAGGGGCCGCUGCAGGUCGGAUGGCAGACCUCUUGCAGCCUGACCAUUAGGCCAUGGAGCUAAGCCCCCUGGCCUGGAAGGUCCCCCAAAGUCCCUGCUCUUUCCAGAGGGGCUAAAUCCUGCCUGAAAGCCAGAGGGCUAAGGGUUCCCUUGGGGUUUGGCUACACAUGGGGCCAGAGAGGGACAGUGGCCUGGAGCUAGGAGGCUGGAUCACUUCCAGGUGACUCUGAGCACCUCUCCCCCUUCUCUUGACCAGUUUCCUCAUCUGUCGAUAAAAGGGUGCUGGAUUAGGGCUGCUCAGUUAGGCUCCCCCUUGAGAGUCUAAGAAAGGUGCUGACUUUCUUCCCAUCAAAAGCUACGCACCCACAAUGCUUUGCAGCUACUUCCGGAGGUUCAAGGACCACCCCCACCCCCUGCCCAGGUUAAGAGCCCCAGCUACACCCCCCUUCCAGUUCCAGCAUUCAGUGGGUGCCUGGAGGAAGCGGAAACAGAAUAAGUGGUGGUCAUGUUGCCUCGCCUCUGUUGAGGGUUCCUGACCGGCCAGGCACUGCUGAGGAGCUUUCCACCUACAAACCAGUCUUCAUCCUCAUGCAUUAAGAGGCAGGGACCACUGUUGGUCCCACCUACAGCUGAGAAAGCCGAGGCACAGAGAGGUUAAAGUAUUUGCACAAGGUCACACAGCUAGGAAGCAGCAGAGCUGGAGUUCAAAGCCAAGCCAUCUGGCCCCAGAGCCAGCGCUGGUGACAAAGGGUAAGAGCCUGGGAUGGAGGAUUCAGCAGUGGACCGACAGCACAGGUCUGUGGCUCUUGGUUCCGAGUUGAUUUCUUGGGGGUACUUAGCUUUUUUCUCCCCAGCACUCCACCGUCUACUCCAAGGGCACUUAAAACGUGUGGAAGCAGCAGCAAGAGGGAAGGUAGUGUUAGGGAAAAUUCCUGCACCUAUUUGUGUCAAUAUUGCCUAAACAGUCCGUGUAUUAAGAGGGAACGUUACCAAAGAGGCAGGCUCUCAGCCCCUGGUGAAAGCUUAUUUAUUUUUAACUCAGAUUAUAAAGGAGUGUGACUUAGGGGCUCGUAUGAGGGCUUGCCACCCCCCCACCCCUCCCCAGCAUGAUGCCCUAGCUCGGCCUGGCUACUGGGGCUGCUCUCGACUUCCCUGGGCUUCGUGCUAGCUGGGCUGGGCCGCUGGCGGGCGUGGGAGCGAGACAGAGCCAGGUCUGCUCCCUGCUGUCUCGCACAUUCUUCUCUUCAACGGAAAGACAGACCCGUCUCCACCGAGGGGCGCCUCUCCCAGCCGAAUACAGCUCACCUGCCCAGUGAGAUGACAAACCUGCUAGCGGGGCUGGAGAUGCACGUGGACGCGCCUCCUGGGGAGGGGCUCGAGGAGCCCACCCCGGGGCCAGGCUGAGCAGAGCUAUAAAUAAAUGUUUAGGAAAAAGCUUGGGGCCAUGCAGCUUCUCUGGUCCUGGCUCAGGAAGGUGGAGUGAGAGGCAGGGGCCGCUGCAGGUCGGAUGGCAGACCUCUUGCAGCCUGACCAUUAGGCCAUGGCCCCCAAACAGGUUGAGCUGUUCUCUGAGGGUGCCAGGGCUUCGAGAGGGCUGAGUGUUGGACCCAGGGCCAGGAAGAGGCAGCACAGGCCAGACCCCAGGCUCCGGGGACUGGCGGGCCUGCAAGCGGUCUGCCCUCUCCUGACCCCAGCUGGACCCGGUGCUGUGGCCUUCUCUGGCACUGGCACUGCCUUCCAUCUGGGGAGGCUGGCCAGGGCACUCUGGUGAGGUUGGGAGCUUCAUGUCUGUGCUUGAGCUGUUCCUUGUGUACGAGCUGUACCUUGUGUAUCUUGGAGCAAAGGUAAGGGUGGCAGCCCUCCUGCUGCUGGCAGGGAGGCUCCUGGCACAUCCUGGGGGGGAGCAGUGCCACCAGCACCUGGGAAGGUUCCCGUUUGCUGUCCUCUGUGGCUUACCCUUGAGUGGCUGCCGCAGACGCAGGAGGGGCGCAGACCCAGGGGCCGCCAGGGCUAGGUCGUGUCCCUAUUCCCCUCCCUUCCCCACCCCUCCCCAGGAAGAUAGAACAGAAGUGUGCCUGGCAUUUGCCAGGGGGUCUUGAGGCCUGGCCCUUGCCCUGCUUCAGUGUCACCCCAAACAGGCCAGAGGGCUCACUGCUGUCCCCCAAGUCAACUGUAAGGGACAAGCGCGUCCCCAAUCAAAGCCCCAGGGACAAGGGAGUGCUGCCCCGCACCCGGACGGAGGCCUCUGCAGUCAUGGAAGCAGUUUUCUGCCUUCAGAUCUGUUCUCAGCAGCUCCCUCUUCCAAGGUGGGGUUCCCUCCCUCCCCACCACCACCCCCAGUCCCCUCUGACAUGGGAAGGGGAUGUCUGGGCCCAGUAAGAGGGCUGCUUCAGGGUGUGAAUUGAGGGAUGACAGAGUCACACAGGAAAGUGUAGCAGGAAGUAACCGAGAAAAGGGUUUCUCCCUCAUCCCCCUGUGGGCACAGGAGGGUGGAGUUGGCUGGGGUGUCAUGGGUGGGGCAGGCGCUCCCUGCGGGAAGGGGCAUCCCCCAUCUCUCCCCAUCUGCUGAGAUCCCGUUCACUGUUGAACGCUGGGGUCCCAGUUGGCACCGCCCACACCCCCACACCCUUUUCUCUGCAAGGGGCGGCAGGGCCAGGCCCAGGCCUCCUCUGCUCCUGCCUGAGAAAUGUCAGGUCACUGGCUCAGUGUCCCUGCUCUAGAAUCCCAACUCACCAGCUUGGAAGGGAGGAGCGGCAGCCAGGCCUCCCCGAUGCCCCGGAAAGGAUGAGGGGUGACAUUCCCCAAGCAGCCCAGGUCACCCCCGCCUCCCCGCACCCGGACCCGCCUGCCUACGCUCACCCAGGCCGCCCAGCACUGACCGCCCACGUGCCCACGAGGGGCCUUCCCCUUCCAGCCUGGGAAAGCACAGGUGGGCAGAGUGAGGGGUGCGGGUGGGAGGAGUCUCACAGGUUUCCAAGGAGGAAACAAAACUGAAACGACAAACCCAGCUUCAAAGUACAUGAUCACAUGCAGAGGGACCAAGGACAGCUGCGUUCCCAGUUCUCCACCCCUGCAGGGGCGGCCCCACAGGUGACCUUGUGAAGACACACGAGGCCCAGGAGCAGCACGGGCUGGCUUGCCAGGUGGGGCCCUUCCCAAGUGUCACUGCACGUUGGGCCUGAACCUCCAGGCCCCGCAGUCCUGAUCGACAGCAGUGCCCGGGCUGCUGAGAGAGGGAGGGAACGAGCCCACUCACACAUGUUAAAGGGGUUUGUUUUUUGCGGGGGGCAGGGGGCUCAGGAGGAAUCCCAACCCUGGGGCCAGCCACCCACUCCUCCAAUUGGGCGGACAAGCUCCUCACGCACCUGGCCACCUGCGCUGGAGUCUGAGAAGAGCCCAGCUGCCAUCACUGCUGCUUCCAUUCCAGCGCCUGAAGGCCGAGCGAAGGGGGGAAGGGAAAGGAAGCCAGUCCUCUUGGGGACCCACCCAGUCUCUGUGGCUCCCUGAUCGCCUCGGUUGACCUUUGGGACAGGGCCACACAACAUGCACAUGGGGACAGGUUACCCCAAAGGAGGCUGAGGGCAGGGACAGCAGAGACAGGUCCAGCGGCAAGCGCCUGGGGGAGCAAGCAGAAGCGUGGGGCUGCCAUUGGGCCCCCAGGCGGGGAGGCAGCUCCCCCACUGCAGGCAAAGACAGGGGCUCCGGGGCUGAGGCCUAGCCUGCGGUGGGCUGCACGGUGGCGAGAGCCAAGGGAGAGGGUUACCGUAACCAAGCCAGGACCUGUCCUUCCUCUCCUCCCCACGCACAACCGGAUCCAGCCUGUCGCGUGGCCCCCUGGCCAGGAUGCCCCUUAUCAGAGCGUCCAGACCCGCCACGUGGCAAUGGAGCUGGUCCCCCAACCACAGCACAGCCGAGAGCCUCACUACCCCUCUGCCCAAGGAGCACGCUCUCCACACCAAGGUAAAGAAAGGCACCGCAAACCAGGCAAGUUAGAAAAGUCUCUUUUAAGUUUUAAAUUAAAAUUUCACCCUGGUGAGAUGACUGAUUUGGGAACUAAAUCCAAAGGCAAGCUCUCCACUCUGUUGUCCGCGGCUGGGCUGCACGGUGGAAGAGGCAGGGCAGCUACGGGGGUCAAGCCCACUGGCCGAGCCCGGGCCUCUGACCCCAGUUGGCUCUUAAAGUCCCGCACAAGCCCUGCACACCUAGAUGGAGACAGGGGUGACACCGGGAGAGGCGACAAGAGCUGGAGAGCCACUGGCUGGGGGUGGGGAGAGCCUCAGGACGGCGAAGAGGGCCCACACCUUCACCCAGCCGCCGCACCCCUCCUGCCGCCAUCACGCUGAGUGGAGAGGUGGUGGUCCUUCUCCUGAUUCCAGAAGGUGUGGCCUUUGAGAGGAGGCAGCCGGCAGACACCUCGUGACUGCAGGAUCACACCACCUGGCUUCCAAGCACCUGCGCCCGGGACCGGGGUGGAGGAUGGGGUGCUGGCCCAAGGGGAGGCUUCUCUGGCCCUUCCCCACUGACCCAACACCCGUCAGCCAGCCCCGUUCUUACAUUAAUUACUUUUAUAUAUUCAUAUAUAUAU